AAAGAUUGGUGAAAUGCUAUGUGCGGUUAGUUAUUCGAGAGUGGGAAAACUGUUAAAAUGACUUUCAGGGUACUCUGUUUUCUGUUGCUAGCAGCCGUGGCGUACGGCCUUCCAUACUACCAUGGAGAAGAUCGCGACCAGCAAAGAGGAGGUUCCGACUCCGGAUUUGGGAGGUCUCAAGGCGGUCUUCGUAGUCAAGGUGGAUCUAGUGGCUUCGGUAACCAGGGACAAGGAGGGUUAGGACAGCAAGGAUUCGCACCCGACAAAGGUUUCGGUCAAGGCGGCCAGGGUGGUUUCGGUCAGGGCAACCAGGGUGGUUUCGGUCAAAGCGGCCAGAGCGGCUUCGGACAAAGCGGCCAGAGUGGCUUCGGCCAAGGCAGCCAGGGUGGAUUUGGUCAAAGUGGCCAAAGCGGAUACGGUGGAAACCGUCACCGAGGGGGGUACCAGGAACAUGGGUAUUAAAUAAAGUUAAAUAAACUGUAAACGCUUA